ACUCCCACCCCCUGUUGUCUACCUCUCUCCAAACUCCCCUGACCACGUUAUCACCCUCAGCCAUGACCAGCCUGAAGCGCUCGCAGACGGAGCGCUCGGUCGGGGGUUCCGUGUCGGCCACCGACGAAUUCUACACGCGCCGCCUGCGCCUGCCCAACGGCGGCGCCCCUCCCCCCCGCAGCGAGAGCACGCACCUGUCCGGCUCCUCGCCCGGCGUGCCCAAGAUGGGGGUGCGCGCCCGCGUCGCCGACUGGCCUCCCAGGAAGGACCAGGCUGGAGGCGGGGGUGGAGGACCAGGGGGAGGUAGCAGUGUGUGGCACAUCACAGUGGAGACAGACUCUCCCUGCACCACGUCCUCCAGCAGCUCGUCUGGGGGUGGUGGAGGUGACCAGCGGGGCACAGGUACGGGCAGCAGUAGUGGCAGCAGCAGUGGCGGGGGCAGCCUGGGUGGCGGCAGCAGUGGCGGCGGUAGUGGCAGUGGCAGCGGCAGCGGAGGAGGCAGCGCCCAGAGCAACCUGUCGGCCAAGCUGGGCCACCUCAUCAGCCCCCAGGACUCCUCCAUGCUGCGCAACAUCCACAACACGCUCAAGAGCAAGAUGGCGGGCCGCCACGGCCACCACGGCAGCAAGGACAACCGCUUCCUGUCGCCCGACGGCUACCUGGGCUCGCCGCGCAAAGGCAUGCGUCGCAUCCGCCAGCGCAGCAACAGCGACAUCACCAUCAGCGAGCUGGACGGCGAGGGCAACGAGGGCUGGUCCUUCUCGGGCUGGACGCCCAUGCACCGCGAGUACGGCAGCACCAGCUCCAUCGACAAGCACAGCACGGCCGCCUCGGGGGCCUCCCAGAGCUUCUUCGACAUGCUCAAGGGCUACCAGUCGGUGGAUACGGCAGCGCCGCCACCGGACCAGCGCAGCCCCGCGCCCGAGAGGCUGGGGGACCUGCUCAGCGUGGCUCACAAACAGGUGGCCCUGGAUCUGCCUGAUGGACCCCCGUCGCUGUCUCGAGGAAGCCCCGCCAGCCGCCUGAAGGAGCGCGAGAAGCACCUGAAGCGGAGGUCCAAGUCGGAGACGGGCGGCGAGUCCAUCUUCCGGAAGCUGCGCAGUGCCCGGGCGGGGGAGGGCGGCGGGGAAUCUUCACGGCAGGGCUCCGAUGCGGAGGAGGAAGGCAGCGGGCACUCCAUGCCGCCCACCACGCCCCUCAAGCCCUGGACGUGCCAGCGGGCGUUCGCCCACUUCGACGUGCAGAGCCUGUUCUUCGACCUGAACGAGGUGGCGCACAGCCGGCAGUCAGGCAGCUCCGGCAAGCACAAGAACACCACCACGGGCGCCUCUGCAGCGGCCGCCGCCUCCUCCUCCCUCUCCACCUCCUCCUCCACCACCUCCUCCACCCACAGCAUGCAGCUGGGCUCCCCCUGCGGCAGCCAGGAGGAGCUGAGCUCGGCUAAGGACGGUGGCGGUUUCUCUCAGGCGCUGGACCCCGGUGACGACAAGAGCAACGAACUGGUGCUGGCCUGCCCCUGCUUCCGCAACGAGCUGGGCGGGGAGGGCGAGCGCACCAUCAGCCCCACCAAGCUGGGCAGCAUCGGCAGCGGAGGCUCCAGCGGGUCCGACAGGGGUGGUGGUGGUGGUGGUGGUGGCGGAGGUGGGUCUGGAGGAGAGGAGGGGGGCUCCCUGGACUCACCAUCCAGCUCGCACUUGUCGAAUGCAGGAGUGGCCGUGCUGGAGGCCCCUAAGGACGGCCAGGGGCACCACUCGGAGCGGGGCAAGCGACACAUCGUGGAGCACGUGGACCUGGGGGCCUACUACUACAGGAAAUACUUCUACUUGAGAGAGCACUGGAACUACCUGGGCACUGACGAGGCGUUGGGUCCGGUGUCAGUGAGCCUGCGCAGGGAGAAACUGGAGGAACACAAGGAGCACGGCCAGCAGUACCAGUACCGGGUCAUCUUCAGAACCAGCGAGCUGAUGACCCUGAGGGGUGCGGUUCUGGAGGAUGCGGUGCCCUCCACCUCUAAACAUGGCACCCCGCGGGGUCUGCCCCUGAAGGAGGUGCUGGAGUUCCUGCUGCCCGAGCUGAACGCCCACUGCCUGCGGCUGGCACUCAACACGCCCAAGGUCACCGACCAGCUCAUGAAGUUGGACGAGCAAGGGUUGAGUUUCCAGUUGAAGGUGGGUGUGAUGUACUGCCAGGCGGGCCAGAGUACGGAGGAGGAGAUGUACAAUAACGAGAGCGCUGGCCCCGCCCUGGAGGAGUUCCUGCAGCUGCUGGGGGAGAGGGUCCGCCUCAAGGGCUUCACCAAGUACAGAGCCCAGCUCGACACCAAGACGGACUCCACUGGGACCCACUCUCUGUACACCACCUACAAGGACUACGAGAUCAUGUUCCACGUCUCCACCCUGCUACCCUACACACCCAAUAACAAGCAACAGUUGCUACGGAAACGGCACAUCGGUAACGACAUCGUGACGCUGGUGUUCCAGGAGCCGGGCGCCAAGCCCUUCACGCCCAAGAACAUCCGCUCCCACUUCCAGCACGUCUUUGUGGUGGUGCGCGCCCACCACCCCUGCACCGACAACACCUGCUAUAGUGUGGCGGUGACCCGCUCGCGCGACGUGCCUGCCUUCGGCCCGCCCAUCCCUGAGGACGUCCCCUUCCCCAGGUCCGGCGCCUUCCGCGACUUCCUGCUGGCCAAGCUCAUCAACGGCGAGAACGCCGCGCACAAGUCGGACAAGUUCCGCGCCAUGGCCACGCGCACCCGGCAGGAGUACCUGCGCGAGCUGGCCGAGCGCCACGCCACCAGCACCUCCAUCGACCCCGCCGCCAAGUUCCCCUUCAUCUCGCUGGCGCACAAGCGUCGCGAGCGCAGCCGACCGUACGCGGGCGCCGAGCUCCGCAGCGGCGGGGCCGUGGCCUGGGCUGUCUUCGCCGAGGACCACCAGGGGGGCGGCGCCGAGCUGGAGGCCCUGCUGGCCGUGUCGGCCGAGACGCUGGUGCUGGCCGACCCCGAGGCCAAGGCCGUGGUCUUCAACUGCGCCGUGCGCGACGUCAUCGGCUGGACGCUGGGCAGCCCCGCCUCCAUGAAGGUCUACCACGGCCGCGGCGAGAGCGUGGCGCUGCGGUCGAUAGGGAAUAACACCGAGGACUUCCGGGAGGUGGUCAAGAGGCUGGAGUUCCUGACCAAGGGCUGUGAGACCACAGAGUUGACCCUUCGUCGUAACGGGCUGGGCCAGCUGGGUUUCCAUGUGAACUACGAGGGCAUCGUGGCGGAGGUGGAGCCGUACGGGUACGCGUGGCAGGCAGGCCUGAGGCAGGGCAGCCGCCUGGUGGAGAUCUGCAAGGUGUCCGUGGCCUCCCUCUCCCACGAGCAGAUGAUCGACCUGCUGAGGACAUCGGUCACCGUCAAGGUGCUCGUCAUACCCCCGCACGAGGACGCCACGCCACGCAGGGGCUGUUCUGAGUUGUACCGUAUGCCGACGGUUGAGUACAAGGGCAGCAAUGAGGGGGGCCCCUUCGAGUACAAGUUCCCCUUCCGCAGCAAUAACAACAAGUGGCAACGCAACAGCAACAGCCCGCAGCAGUCUCUCUCCGCCGCAUCCUCCCCGCAGCCGGGCCACGGCGCCGCCCCCGGGACCCCCAACCGCGCCGUCAGCCUGGGCGCCAGCAUGGGCAAGACGCUCUCCGCCGAGAGGGAGGGCCGCGCGGCCGCCAUCCCACGCAGCGUGUCCAGCGACGGACGGCCACUGGACAAGAGGAUGUCUCCUGGUUCGGAGAGCUAUAAUCUGGGCUCCUCUCUGGGUCUGGGCCGCCACAACCGCAGCUCCCCCAGCAACCUCUCCUGCUCCAGCGACACACCACCACACUGGAGGCAGAAGUCUAUGCCAGAGGCGUUUGGACCACCACCCACCAGUCGCCACUCUCCUCUGCCUGUGGAGCGGCAGCUGACCCCUGAGGUCUGCACUAGUGGCAAGAGCACCCCCACCACCGGAGACCGAGGAUCCACAGAUGGCCAGGUGACAAAGUCUGGAGCGUCCUACUCUGGAGGACCACGCAUCCAGAGGCAGGAGCAGGUCAUUCACCUGUCCCCCACAAAGGGCAGUCAGUCUGAGGGCGUGUACUCUGGCCACUCGAGCGGCAACAACACCCUGUCCAGCACGACGUCAAGCGGUGGCCUGAGCGAUGACAAGUGGUACGACCUGGGCACCAGUGGCAGCCUAGGCAGCAGCAGUGGCGGCGGUGGCGGCACCCUGGGGGCCCUGGGGACGACCUCCGACCUGGCCGAGCCCGAGCCCAACGGCCUGGGAGGGGGCGGCUAUCUGCAGGGGGCGUCGGCUGACAGUGGCAUCGACGCCUCGUCUUAUAGUGGUGGAGGGGGCACAGGCAGCCUUGGCAGUGGAGGAGGAGGUGGUGGAGGAGGAGGUGGUGGAGGAGGAGGAGGAGGCGGCGGAGAAGGAGAAGGAGGCGGGAGCCAUGCACCGCACCACCACCAUCACCACCACAAACACCGCCAUCACCACCACCACUCCAGCUCAACCUCACUGUUGUCCGUGGGUGGGCCAGGUAUGAGGAGUGGUGAGAGGGAGAGGGAGAGGGAGCGAGACCGGUCAGCAUCCCCCUGGCAUGGUGGGUCGUCUACAGAUGGCGGAGGUGGCAGCAGCAGCAGGCGUAUGCUGGAGCGAUCACCCCCUGCCGCCGAAUCUCUCACGCCCCCCGGGGGGCCACCCAGUCUCUCUGAGGGGGGCCCACCACCGUCGUCACACCGCAGCCCCCCCACGCACCUGCUGGUGCGGGACGGCUCUUCGUAUAGCCUGAGCGACACAGCCUCGCACUCCAGCUCGCGCCUCUCUCCGGGCAUGCUGGGCUCCAGCCACAGCUCCCCGCAGGAGCCCCCCUGCCCCUCCUCCUCGGGGGCCACCUCCCCCUGCUCCUCCUCCUCCUCCGUCUCCCCGGGGCCCCCCAAGUCCUUCUACCCGCGCCAGGGGGCCACCAGCAAGUACCUGAUUGGCUGGCGCAAGCCCGGCAGCACCAUCAACUCCGUGGACUUUGGGGACAAUCGCAAGAGGUCUCCCGGAGAUGGCCCCGAGGGCCCAGAGGGCACCCACACCCCUCCGCGGCCCACCCUGAGAGAGAUGCAUGCGGGCCAGCAGCACAGCAAAGCGGCCCUGGAGAAGGGCAUGACCAAGAUGAUGCAGCUGGACCCACCACCACGCUCACACUCACACUCACGACGCCAGGAGAAGUCCUCCCCGUGUGGUUCUCCUCCUGGUGGUGGAGGUGGUCUUGGAAGAGAAGGAGUCGGCCGGCGCUCGCUGCACCGCACCCUGUCUGACGAGAGCAUCUAUCGGGGCCAGAGGCUGCCGUCGCUGGGGGAGUCUGGAGCUCUGGACCAGGGCCCCGCCGCCGACCUGCUCUUCAGCUGCUCCACCAUGCCCCGCUCCCCCACCACGCGCGGCGUGCCCCUCCGACGACCCUCCUACAAGAUGGGCAUCAAGCUGCAUGGCGACCUGUCGGCAUCAGACACGUCCCUGGCGGACCUGCACGAGCGGCACCGGGGGCCGGAGCGGGAGCGGGACAUGGGCCUCAUGCCGCUACCCGACACGGACGAGAGCAGCCUGGACUGGACACACCUGGUGGACGCAGCCAACGUCUUCGAGGGGGAGACCAGACUGCACCGGGUUCCCAGAGGGUUUGUGUUCAGCUCUCAGGACCUGAGCCAUCGUGGGGACAGUGCUGCCCCCAGCCCCAAACACGGCGGACGAAAGCCCGCACCCCUCGCCAGACCUUCCUCAAGUGAUGGCCACAUGAGUAUGGCUGCCAAGGUGAAUCAGCUGGAGGCUGUGGUGAGGUUGCUUAAAGAUGACCUGAAGAAGGAGAAGGAGGAGAAGGUGAAGCUCCAGGCCCAGAUCCAGCGGCUGUGGGAGGACAACCAGCGCCUGCAGGACGAGUCGCAGAGCUCGGCCGCCAAGCUCAAGAAGUUCACCGAGUGGGUCUUCAACACCAUCGACAUGAACUGAGGAGGGCCCCGCCUCACGCCUGGGGCCAGCACACACACACCAGCAACGGAGCACACACACACACACACACGCACACACACACACACACACACACACACACACACACACACACACACACACACACAAUGAGGCGCCCCCUCAACCCAACUCAAAACAGCCCAACUCGAUAACCCCAACCUCAACACAAAGCGAUCAACCCGGGGACCCAAGAAGACCAACAGAGCAACAGGUGUUUUUACUAAAGGUAUAUGAUUUCUCAGAGGACAUGAAAGUGGGACCACCCUCAAGAAAUAAGCACAAAACCACCAAACAGAAAAGCAGGACAGACAAAUCGUGUGUGUUUACGAGGGAGGUGUGUAUAGUUUUCAUGAAGGUUUGGACGUGGGACGAUACCGAAGAAAAUGGUAUUUCCCAACAUUCCAAAUGACUCAUUCACUUCAACACAAAGAUCUCUGGAUUUCUGAUGCUGGAAGAUCUAUAAUCUCACUCACACAUACACACACACACACACACCGACACACAGAGACCGUUUCCUGUUCAUAUGGACUAACCUAGGACAACAGUCAUCCUUCUGCUUUCCAUUUGACCAUCAGCUAUCUGGCUGAUGCCAACCCAAACCUGACCCGGCUGGAGCCUAGUGUUCAAGUCAAUCGUUGUCCUCCCGGUUCCGCUCUCCUGUUGCCUCCGACAUGAGGCUUACCAUUGAUUAUUUAUUCAAUAUCUUGCAGCGACGUAAUUUAAAGGGGAUGUUGAACGGGAAACGGUCACAAAACGGUCUGCCCUUGUCGACAGCAAGGACACGUAGGUCUUAUCCACACGAGAACGAUUUUGAGUGUAUUCAACGAUUUUUUUUGUUUAUCGUUUAAACCUCGCGUCCAUAUGGCACCGGCGUUUUGGGUACCCCCAAAACUAUAUUUUUUGAGAGAGGGUUCCUGAGUGGGAAGAUAUGGCAACGUUGUCGUUCCCAUUGCCAUUUAGACCAGUCUGGGAGAUUAGAACGGAUUUGUUUAGGCUUACGUUGAUCGCUUUCUCCCCUGAGGCAAAAGGACAGAGGUCACAGGAAAGGAGGAGGAGGACACAGAUUGACUUGCACCCCUCUCCCCCACCUGUUCCACCCUACACCUGAACCUGCCCUGCCCUGCCCUGCCCUGCCCUGCCCUGCCCUGCCCUGCCCUGCCCUGCCCUGCCCUGCCCUGCCCUGCCCUGCCCUGCCCUGCCCUGCCCUGGGGGGUUGGUUUUGAGGUGAGGUGGGCUGUGGCGUAGGCCUGAAGAGGGCAUCUCCGCACCUCAAACCUGCUCUUUCUCUUUUCUCUAGCCACUGUCUAUUCACAAUCCUCUGCCGUGGACAAACAUUACAAAAACAAUCAAGAACACAUCUGUUUUUAGUGGAAGCCAGUACUUACAUUCCGGCUGUGUGUGUGUGUGUCUCAGAGACAGGAGAACAUGUCUGGGUUUUUUGGGGUUUUUUUGUUUUCCAGAAGGCAUAUUCAGCUGCUUUAGCUAUCUUGUGAGGUGGUGAGAUUGUGCUGGUAUUGCUCUUGUGGUGCUGCUGCUGCUGCCAGUAUAACGAGUGUGUGCUGUCUGCGUCGGCAUUUCUCUCCGCAGACAGCCGGGACGGAACAAACUGCAACGCUGUCUUACUCUUGUGAUGAAGAUGAAGAACUGAAAGGGCAAGGUUGACUUUGUUCUGUUUUUUUUCCUGUGUAUAUAUUUGCUGACAAAGGACGAGUUAAAGUACCAGCAUUGGCCUCAGGGUGGCGCCACUAAACAAGAGAAUGUGAUGCACACGGAAGCUGGAUGGAGGAUCAACAGCAAUAGUAAGGGGGACCCUCUCUGGGGUGCUUGGUCGACUACAUGAAGGAGAUUUUACAAAAUAAACUUUACAGAGUGUUGUAUCAGAGUGAGAAUCAGAGGAUUGUAGUGUAGGAAGGUACCCCACACACACACACACACACACACACACACGCACACGCACACGCACACACACACACACACACACACACACACACACACACACACACCUUGCCAUUCUCCCCCUCUGUUUCCCUUUGAACGCUCCCACACACUUGGAAAUUCCCUCUGAAUGAAAGCAUUUGGGCCUCUGUUUAACUGGUACCAUGUGAAAAAACAUGGAGAGUCCAUGCUAUUCUUUUUUUAGCCCCAUAACAGACUAAUAGAGACACGUCGCGCACACUCAUACACACCUUUGUUUGGGGCUAUGAAUGUGGAUCACAAUGUGGAUGGACAGAGACCCUGUUUGGGGAAUAUUUUCAAAAUUGUAAUUUAUUUGUUGUGUAUCAUAAAAAUGAAUAAAUAAGUGGCUCAAUGUGUCCAGUUUAGGAACAUGUUGAUUAUUAGAGGGGGGGUUUAAGAUAUAAGUUAUAUCUGUCUGAUUUUAAAUGGCUUUUAAAAAUAUUAAGCUUUUUGAUUUUGUUGGUUUUUAUUUAGGUUUAUUUGUUUUGUUUUUACUUUACUUGGGAGAUAAGCCCUGGUUGGAGCGGUUCUUUCUCUGCGAUGUUUUUUUAUUUGCUUUCGUGCUUUGUGGUAGACUUUUUGCCUGCUGUUGUGUUUGCUAUCUAGUGCCAUCUAGUGGUAUGAAAAGUGAAUAACUCCACUCCUCUGCAAAGCCCCAUAUCUGCUCUCCUCGGCAGCAAAUUCUCCUCGUUGUGAUGAAACAGCAGCUUUCAGUGAGCCUGUUAACCCCCCCAUUGAAAAUAGGAUGUAUUAGUGACUCGUCUACGCACAUUACUGUGUUUCGGCGUGUGUGUGUGUGUGUGUCUGUGUGUGUGUCUGUGUGUGUGUCUAUGUGUGUGUGAGUGUGAACAAACUCCACUUGGUACAUGUGCAGACCUGCUCAGAUUGCUCCUGGGAGGAGUGUGUGUGUGUGUGCGGUGUGUGAGAUUACAUGCAGCCUUCUACCCUUUGUGUGGCCCUUGUGCCAUAGUCAACCAUCUGAGGCCAUUGUGUGACUUUCAUAAGAGAUGUGCGCAAAAGAGUUGCCCUCUACAGUGCAGUAGGUAGGUAGGUAGAUAGGCCAGGUCGCCAGCAGGGGAGUAUUCCAACAACCUGGCUUAGUAGCAAACCAGGGGUGAAUUUCUCAAAACCAAAGUUGCUUACUAUAUUAGCUACUUUGUUGUUUUCAAUGCAUUUUCCCAUUGGCAACUACCGAAGUUGCUAACAGGCUAACAACUUCUCUUUUGAGAAACUCACCCCAGGUGACGUUAACAUUGAGGCUGUGGUAAAUCAUCUAAUAGAUGAAACCAUCUAAUAGAAUACCAUGUUCUUGGAAUACUCCCCAGGUGUGAAAUUCAGGUCCACUUCAUCAGUGAUGUGCCUAGCUCAUUCUAAACCGACAGUAAUAUUCUCCUUGCCAAGCCAGAUGUUUUUAUGAGCUUUGUUUGUAAUAAACAGGUGUGCCGACUGUACAGCACAAUAAUUGAGACUUUCAACCUUUCAAUUCUCUGUUUUUAUUUUAUUUUUUAGCUUGGGGAUCUGCAGUGAAACAUCUAUUUGUUUGUUCUUACAUUGUAGGGAGAAAGGAAGAAAUUGCACAGACAUUAGGUUUAGUUGGAUGACACGCGAGAGAGCGUUUGCGAUGAUUGGUUCUGUUCUAGGAAUCGUGGGAUACAGUGCGUACAGGAGGCCUAUAGUGAACUUAUUUUCGGCCAGUGAACAGGAUACUAGCUUUCAAAUCCCCAGUCUUCAAGUCAGACCUCAUGCUUUGUCCAAAAUACUAAUUUGUUUGCACCAUAGUCCACAACGUACUUAGAGCAGGGGGGUAAUUCCAACAAACUGGCCCUGUAGUAAAAUAGGUGAAGGUGACCUUGAGGUAGUGGUAAAUCACCUAACAGAAGAGCCUGGAGUGCUCAUGUUCUUGUCAAAAUGACAUCUGUGGGCUAAUAGCAGGUUUACCUCUUCCUAUAGGAUAACUAAGCCAGGCUUACCAUGUUCUUGGAAUUGUCCCCAGGGGUUGUAUUUUGUUUCCUAUGUAGUGCACUGUGAAACGAGCAAGUGAUCAUUUCAGAUUUAGAGACACAGUAGGCCAACUGCACCCAACUGUGCAGCGCACAUGCACACUAUACAGUCACAAUGCAUUCUGGUUAAAGGUUCCUAACCCAGAAUGCCUUGUGAUUUCGCAGUGCGCAACUGCGCAUGCACGCUGUGCCGAUUUUUACAGUCUGCACCAUCUCGGACGAGCCCAAUGGCUCCCACGCAUUUACCCAGCAUGCAUUGCCUUGUUUUGGUCACCAAUCAGGAAGUGAACUGGGUGAACUGCCUUAAUGAAUGAAGUAUCUUGAAGUGUUAUUGAAGUCAGCCCUUUGUAAUCAAACCUGUCCACAAGUGAGCAAGUGUGUUAAGUCCUGUUACGGUUUAUUCUCUUUUUUUAUGUUUGAGUUUUUCUAUUACUUUCCAUGACAUGCACAUUUAAAAGUUAAGAGGUGUUCUAUAUUUAAAAAGAGUACUGUUUACGUAUUCUGUCAGUUUAACAUUGUAAAGUGUAGAUUUCAAAAGAGACAUGUUUAUGGUGAUUUACAGUAUUAAAGUUUCUUAUAUAAACAAAAAUAAUGACUUCAGGUGCUGUAAUUUUCCUUGUUUUGUACAUUUUAUUUCUCAAGUGAUUGCAGAUUGGAGUUCUAUUUUUAGUUUAGGGUUUUCUUUCUUCAUUUAUUUAGUUUUUUUGUUAUUUUUUUGUUUUGCUUUGUUUUUUACUUUGCUUGCCGCCUGCCGUGAGGUGUAUACCCCUGUCAUUGCUUACUGGGCUAAUAAAUUAAUAAAAUCAA